AUGGAUCCAGUGGACCUCGAAGCUGCAGGAUCCGACACGACCAUCUCGUCACUUUCAAGGCGAUGCACCUCUGGCUUUAUAUGGUGCGUUGAGAGCAGCUUUUUCGAUAAUAUGGAGGCCAUCACCGACGCGCAAGGGAGGUUCAAUGUCUGGGCCGCCAAUCUGGGAGCAUUGCAGCCUCCCCAGUCCAUGAAGUCACUCGACUCUCGACUCAAAGAGGCAGAAUUGAUGAGAAAAAGUGUCAUUGCCGGCUUGGAGCGAUUGGAAGGCGUGCAGACAAGAACAACACAAAUCCUCACCGGAAAGCAGCCGAACCGGAAACCGUCAACGACAACAUUUGACACAGCGAGCCCAGAAGCCACGGGAUUGGUGGUGGACGAACUCCAUGAGCUCACUUUGAACAUGAAGGCAUGUAUCGACCAUCUUUUUGGACUGUCAAUGCUCAUUCGACGACUCAGACCUAGGGGAAGGUUUCGUCAGCUCACCUCUUUCCAAUCGUCCAUCGCUGCCCAGCGUGAUACUGUGACAAUAGUAGACAGAUUUCCCAAGACGAAGCACACACCUUGGCUGGCGUAUCGACUGGGUAGAGCUACUGAUCAACGGCGACAAUUCUUUACAUACCGGCAGCAACACCGGGGUCGAUUGGGAAAUGUACCCAAAACGAAGGUUACUCCAGAUGGCGAUGAUAGUAUAACCCUGGAUGUAGCCACGACCGUGGCCACUACUUUCGACGAGGGCAACGACAGUAAUGCGAGUCAAUCCAGACUGUUCGAACCUGGUCAUCUCCGGUUGGAUCGAGGAUCAGUCAUAACUUCAGCCACCUCAUUCGUCAGCGACUUUGAUGACAGCGGUCAUAUGGGUCGCCGUAUACCUGAGCUGCCAGAUAUGACACUCGAUGGCGUCCAAUUGGACUACGAUGAACCUAUCGAGUGCCCAUACUGCCGAACGAUCCAGACAUUUACAAAUCGUCAGACAUGGAAGAAACACGUCUUUUCCGAUCUACAACCUUACGUGUGCACUUUCGAGAACUGUAGUGUCACUCCAUUCUCGACCAGAAAUGAAUGGUUUCGGCACGAGCUGGACAGUCAUCAUCACAAAGAUGCCGUCACAAACAAUCAGAUCGAUCUGAUUUUAGGGGCGUGCGAGACUCCGAUGACCAAGUUCGACGCCUCUGCUUGCCCAUUAUGCUCGGAGUGGGAGCCACCCUUGGAUGAAAAGGUCAACACGAGGGAAUUCCGUCGACAUCUUUCGAGACAUCUGCAGCAAAUAUCCUUGGACGCUCUGCCUCUAUACAUUGAAGGUCUCGAGAUUGCAGAAGGGCCCAAUGAAGAACAUGUCAUCGAGAGGUACCAAGGAAUUGUUGUUCGCGACUACUUUGACGGCAACACUUUAAGACUUGGGGCAGGGGACGAAGUUCUUGUUUUGGACGAUAUAGCUGACGAAAGUUUGUGGCAAGUAUGGAAUAAAAAGACCGGAGAGGAAAUUCAAAUACCAAGAGAAAUUGUCGCGAUAAGAGGAACUACCGCUAUUCAGAUGGGACCCGAUCCUUCUAAAUUGCGGACAUGGACAUCCAGUUCCAAUUCGUUCCAGGUUUCUGCUCAGUUUAUUGGAGUCGAACACGGCAGUAUUACCCUCCACAAGGCGAAUGGUGUUAAGAUCAAAGUCCCUAGGGACACGCUUUCCACCCAAGAUAUUGCAUACAUUGACAACAUCACGGGAACUCAAUCGGACUCCGAUGACCACACAGAUUCAGGCAUCGGCGAAGACGAAGAAGGCGGACCGUCUGCUGGCAGCAGGCUGUACGCUCCUGUCUCUGCACGUGUACCCAAAUACUGUUUCGCCGAAGACAAAUUUUGGUUUAUUAUUGAGGUGUUGAUGGAGGAUGGCCAAACCUGGGAGCUGGCACGGUAUUACGAAGAUUUCUACGAUUUGCAGAUUGCUCUGUUGACUGAAUUUCCCGCCGAGGCUGGGAAUACUGGCACCCAAAAGCGAACAUUGCCAUAUUUGCCUGGUCCGGUUAACUAUGUUAACGACUAUAUUACAGAAGGACGGGUACACAACCUGGACGCUUAUAUAAAGAACUUGUUGGCACAGCCGACCUACAUCUCGGAGUGUAAUUUGGUCAAGCGAUUCUUCCGUCCUAGGGAGGGAGAUUCCGAAACUGAUGCGGUCAAGUGGAGGACUUGA